UUUCUUUGACAAUUCAGAUGUGGAGAUUUUUACAAAAUAGCAAAUAAUUUGUUGCAGAGAUGGAUGUUCUAAUAGUUCGAAUUCAGAAUAAAAUCAUUGUAGGCAGCUUAAGCUUCAGACACAUGCCUGACAUGAAGUAAAAUUUAUAGGACUUAUCACCUACACAAGAAAUUUUAAGUAUAAAAUAAAUUGGCCUACUUCAGAUGCCUUCUCCAAAACUUGUUUAAAACUGUAGCUUAUAAAGGCCUAUAUAUUGCUGAUGUCACAGUAAGACUAUACUUUAUAGAAGAGGUAUAGUCACAUCACUGGCACACUGAUCAUAAUCAAUACUUAUCCAUAAUGUUUUCUGGAUUUCAGUAUAUGAUGCUAAUGACUCAAUGAGUUAAUUAUGUGUCGGAAUAUUGUUUUAUAUUGUUAAUGCAAAAUGUCCAAAUCUGGAGCUGGUUUAUCAUAUCUGUGCCGCUAUGCACAGCCCAAAACUGUUUUUUCAAGACGCCAUGCAAUGAAUGACCAAAACUUAGAUAUUUACAUCUUAGAAGAUGUUGGAGGUGACUUUAGUGACAAUGGUUCUGAUGAAGAGAAUGAUGAAAGUAAAAACAUCAUUGAUAAAAAUAAUCAUGCUGUUUCAAAUUUCUCUGGCCAAAAUGGUACUACUCACAAAUUACUCAGAGCUAACAACAAUUUUGGUAAAAAUAAACAUGGAUUUGGUGAUUCUGGUGACGAUGCUGAAUUGGAUAACCAAAGUAGUGCUGCUUCAGCUCUUGUACCAUAUGGCAAUGAGGAAGAUCAAACAACUACUAGCUCUGCAAGCAAACUUGAGUCUUUUCCUGACACUGACCAUGAUGAAGUUGACAUGGCUAUAUCUCGUGAUGGCUUGAAAGACAGACCUGAUUUGGGUCUGUCCAGAGGAUCUAUAGAUCAACACAGAAGGAAAAGUGAAGCGGAAAAGCAUGAACAUUUUUCAAAAACCAAAAAUGCAAAAAAUGACAAAUCUGAAGAAGCAGUUAAAUUUACAUGGCUUGAUAUGUUAAUGGGUGUGACUUCAAUCGCCAUAUUUUGCAUUGAUAUAGGAACAGAUAUUGAACUAGCAGCACACUACUUUAGGGAGAGAUUAUGGAAGUAUGGGGCUGUGACAGCAGCUUUAAUUGUGAUUCCUUCCUUGAUUACAUGUUUCCUUGGGCUCCACUGGUAUCUGAUUGAUUACAAGAAAGAACAAAGAGAUAUAGAAAAAUUUAAAAAGGAGAAAAGAAAGGCAUAUACUGUACCAGGAUAUGUGUGGUUUCUGCGUAUUUUUUUUACGUUGCUGAUGUGCGGACCAAUUGUCAGAAUUGUUGAGUAUUUGUACUGUGGUCAUAACAGUCAAAAUAAAAAGUUAUCUGCCAGAGAGCGUAAAAGAUUCCACAGAUUGAUGAUGUAUGAGGAUGUUGAUAGCUGCUUGCUUCGGCUAUUUGAAAGCUUUUUGGAAUCCGCACCGCAGCUUACAUGGCAACUGUAUAUUGCUAUUGACCUUAAACCACAGGAAGAUGCUGUUGGAUCAUCUAUUCGAGCUAUAGCCCUGCUGUCUUCCUGGGGAAGCCUGGCUGUAUCACUUAUGUCAUAUCAGAAGUCUCUACGAAAUUCCCAUGAAGAAAAAGCUAAGAUGAGCAUCAUCAGUCUCCCCUUUUAUUUCAUAUGGAGAGCCAGCGAGAUUGGAGGUCGUGUCCUGUGUAUCGCCAUGUUCGCCUCAGCUUUUGACCUUUGGGUGUUUGGACCACUAAUUUUUCACUGGGUUUUCAUGUCCAGCUGGUUGGUUGUACAGAAGACGACAUUCUACAAAAAUGUCUGUCUGGAAAAAGUCUUCAAUAUCAUCUGCGGCUACGUCAUGGUCUUCUGUUUUCUCAACCUACGAGAAGGCCAGACGAGAUUCCGUGUCAUUUUGUUUUAUUUUAUUGUCUAUGUUGAGAACUUCUUUAUGCUGGCUCUGUGGUUUAAAUUCACCAAAGACUUAGGGGCUUGGUUUCAUCUAUGGGGCUUCAUCGUAGUUCUGAUCCUGUUCGUGUUUCAUGUUGUCUUUCAGUUGUUGUAUUACUGGUUUUUCCACCCCACGAAAAACAUCAAGAUGUGUUUGCCUUGUGACCGGUUUGUUCUCUACAGCUCCAUCUGUCAUGAUCUCCAGCCACAUGACGACAAAUCUGCUGAAGUGAACCAUACUGUUGCAGAGAUAAUUGUUGAUGAACCAAAGCCAGCUAAUGUAAAAAAUCAGGAUCUUGUGUCCCAAGUAUAAUGUUAAUUAACUUUGUGUAAUUAGACCAAUUAUUAAAGUUAUUAGAUAGCUUUUUUAGCUUAUGGCACAAAUUAAAUAUUUCUAAACACGAUGUUAAAAUCAACUUAGUCUACACUUUAAUGUUACUUAAAAUUAUAAGAUUGUUUUUUAUCAUUACUAUUAGAAAACAGUUAAUGUAAUUCUAAUGACCUCUAGAUAAAACAAAAGCUUUCAAAGUGUUAAUGGACCAAUUUUUGUUUGUAUAGAUAAAUGGCAGGCAUAAAAUAGACGCUCUAUCAUUGAAAUUUCCAACCCACAGAUCACUUACUCAGUCAGCCAAUAUUUGCUGCACUAUAACCCAUGUUUUGAAAAAGAAAAAAUGAUAUUCAAAGUUAUACUCAAAGACUGACAUAAUCUUGGGCAUUCUUAUUAUUCAUACUCUAAUGGGUGAUUUCUUUUUCCUUUCAUAGAACAUACAACAAAAAUGUUCUGGUGUAUAAAAUUAUGAUUCAUGUUGUUCAAGUAAUUGUUCACUUCAACUUUAUGUCAAUUUAUGUUAAGUAAGUAAUGUUGAUGUAAUCAUGUAAGCUAAUGUAAACAGCCACGGUUAAUAUGAAGGUUGUAGCAUGUAGAUAAUGUGUGUACAUGCUGUGUGUACAUAGAUCUGCAAAAUAUAUGGAGAUCAGCUUAAAAAGUUGGAUCAUGAACUGAUUAACUUGUAGAAAUUAAUUUGUAUGCUUUUUUUAAACAUAAAAAGAUAGCUAUUAACUUUAUUAAUGGAAGUUUAUUGUUUACCAUUUAUUCACAACGAAUCAAUAGAAAUUAUAUACCUAAAACUGGAGAAAAAUAUGGUAUCUAUAAUGACUUUUGUAACCUUUAUCACAUUCUAGUUUUAUAAUACUAAAGUUGUUUU